CAUAAACGUGAAUGACGGUAGUGAGGCAGCGGAGUCUUGUAUUUGGAGCUUCACCGAGGAUAUAAGUGCGCCUCAGAAGAGGACUGAGAAUGGCCCAGGGUAUACCAAACGAGGUGUUGAUGAAUACCACGUUAGUAAAAGACUUGGCAGAUGUGGCAAAAGAUGCAGCUCUUCUGCAAGGUGUCCUAAUGAGGAUCCAAGAAAAACCUAACUCAUCAGAGUUGGUGACCUACGCUCCGUUCACACUCUUCCCCACGCCUGUGCCAAAAGCCGUGUUCCUCCAGGCUCUGUCAUUGCAAACACACUACAACAUACUGGUGGACAAGAUCAGCCAGGAUUCCACCUUUCUGGAAGAGGCUCUCGCUAGCACCAUUGCUGUUGAUGAUUUCACAGCGAGGUUGUUCAGGAUCCACCAACAGAUCCUUAAAGAAGGAAGGUCUCAGUCUAUUAUGUUGGGUAUCAAUCGGUCUGACUACAUGCUGGACCAGAGAGCAGACGGGUCCUCAACUCUGAAGCAGAUAGAGAUCAACACCUUUGCUGCUAGUUUUGGAGGUCUCUCGUCACACACGCCAGAUGUACACAGACACAUCCUUAACGUGGCGGGCCGGCUUGAGGAGAGCCAGCGUAUCCCUGACAACAACCCUGCAGCUGGUCAGGCCAGAGCUGUUGCCAAGGCCUGGGAGCUCUAUGGAUCAGAGAGAGCAGUCGUCAUGUUUUUGGUGGAAGAGAGCCAAAGGAACAUCUUUGAUCAGCGAUUCAUUGAGAACGAACUGUGGAAGAGGAAAAUUCCCACAGUAAGAAAACGGUUUGAUGAUGUCCAUAAAAAAGGGUCUCUUGAUCAGGACAAGAGGCUGUUUGUUGAUGGCCAGGAGGUUGCAGUGGUAUACUACAGAAAUGGUUACAUGCCUGAUAACUACAUUUCUGAAGAGACUUGGGACACUCGUCUUCUGAUGGAGCGUUCUCUGGCUGUCAAAUGUCCAGAUAUCAGCACUCACCUGGCCGGAACCAAGAAGGUCCAGCAGGUGCUGGCCAGACCUGAAGUCCUGGAGAAGUUCUUCCCCGACCAGCCCGACGUGGUGAAGCAGAUUAGAGCGACAUUCGCUGGCCUCUACAGUCUAGACAUGGGCUCAGAGGGAGACGAAACGGUAGCGAUGGCUUUGGCAACACCAGACCGGUUUGUCCUGAAGCCUCAGCGAGAGGGAGGAGGUAACAACAUCUAUGGAUCAGAGAUCUGUCAGGUCCUAGAGGGAGUGAAGGAGAGUACAGAGAGGACAGCCUAUAUUCUGAUGGAUAAAAUCCAUCCCACCCCCGCACAGAACUACCUGCUGAGACAAGACGCUCCCCUCAAAGUCAGUACCUGUCUCAGUGAGCUGGGGGCAUUUGGAGUGUAUGUCAGGCAGGGUAAAGACAUGGUGAUGAACGAGUGCAUCGGUCAUCUGCUAAGAACCAAGAGUUCAGAACAUUCAGACGGUGGUGUAGCAGCAGGAGUGGCUGUGCUGGACAAUCCUCUCCUUGUCUGAAAAUCAACGCAACACUCAUCUGCUGGGCUUCAACCAAAAACUUAAAUCAUUAAAGGACAGCAGUGAAAUCCAGGUUAAAUUCGAAUCGCACUGUAACUGUAAUGUGACUGCUACAGCAUACAAAUCAAUGAAGAGAAAAUAUGUGUCCCACAUGUAAUUAAUGCAAGAUAAGUGGAGUGAAAGUGGUGUGAGUGUAGGCUCACAUGUUGAUCACAGCCUCCAAUCUGUAGAGUGUAAUUGCUGCUAUUAGUGGUGACAACGUCUUUGAUUUAUUUCUAGUGUAAAACUAAACUUGAAACUCUAAAAUGGGAUUGUCUGUUCUGGGCUACUGUAGUAACAUG